UCCUCCACAUUCAGUGCUCCCUCUUGCGCGCACGGCGAGCAGCAGCGGCAGCAGCGCUUCUCUGACGCACUAUCGGAGAUGAGCAUCCCAGUCCCGCAGGCUGUCAGGACAGACUCUCCCGACCUCCCUCUUUUUCGGAAUUGUGCCAUCAACCUUUCAACUUCAGCUCCGUUCGUCCGUUUUUUGUCGCAUUACUGGUUUACCUCGAAUAAUUACACAGUUUUUUCCACACUGACUCUGCGUUUGGCAGCGAUGCACACAUUUGACAUCUCUUGGCUGGGAAUUUACUCCGGAGGAAAGAACUGUCAGGAAGUGUAAUAGAUUUCCAUCUACAUCUAUGGGGUUGUUUUUUUCUCUCCCCGUGUUUCUCGGGCAUCGUUCUGAACAUCUUGUGACAAGUGCUGCAGAUUAAAGCUGAGGAACUGUGUUAAAUUUCAGGAAAUCGUUUAGAUGACGGACACCGACAGGCUGUAAAUCUCCCUCUGCGACGCGACUCCGAGCCCUUGGAAUAUUCUUACUGGAUUGUUUGCGGAAAGCUGAAGUAUCUCUGUUUGCCCACACUGCAGGGUGGCUGCUGUGGUUGUUCUGCUUUGAAUUCGAGAUUUUCAUUCAGAGGCGGGCAUCUGAGCAUCCCGAAUUUGCGAUGCCCGGACAGUGAGGUCCACGGUGGGAUUUCAUUUUGGUCACCCCGCACGGCAGCAUGGCCCCAGUCCGGAGGGACUGCAGCGGCUGGGAGAUGUUCCUCCCAACGGGAUGCCUGUUCCUCUCCGCGUUGCUGUUUCACCCCGGCGUGGCAAAGGUGUGCAACGACCGCACCAAACACGGACAGGAUAACAGCUGGUUCACCAGGGAAGGGGAAAAGUUACCCAUAAUGGUGCUGAUGCCGAUGAACGAGUCGGCCCAGAUGAGCGGCAUCAGCCGGGGGAUCGAACCAGCGGUUCAGCUGGCCAUCCAGCACAUACGAGAGUCCAGGAAAUACCCGUUUACGCUCAUCACCAAAAUCUAUGACACUGAGUGUGACAAUGCCAAAGGGCUGAGGGCCUUUUUUGAUGCCAUAUGCUACGGUCCCAAACACCUGAUGAUCUUCGGAGGUGUGUGCCCUUCUGUGACCUCCAUCAUUGCAGAGUCUUUGGAAGGUUGGAAUCUGGUUCAGCUGUCAUUCGCAGCGACAACCCCGGUUCUGGCAGAUAAGAAAAAGUACCCCAACUUCUUCCGCACCGUCCCAUCCGACAAUGCUGUGAACCCAGCAGUGGUCAAGUUUCUCAACUUCUACAACUGGAGUCGUGUGGGGACCCUCACUCAGGACGUUCAAAGGUUCUCAGAGGUGAGGAAUGAUCUGACCAAUGAGCUGGAGAAGGCAGGCAUUCAGAUUGCAGAUACCGAAAGUUUCUCCAAUGAUCCAUGUGUCAACGUCAAAAAGUUGAAGGACAACGAUGUGAGAAUUAUCAUUGGGCAGUUUGAUGAGCAUUUGGCCUCUAAAGUCUUCUGUUGUGCAUACAACUUGAACAUGUAUGGCAGCAAAUACCAGUGGAUCAUCCCAGGCUGGUAUCAACUACACUGGUGGGAGCAGGCGAACAACACCAACUGUACCUCCAAGAAGCUGCUGACAGCCAUGGAAGGAUACAUCAGUGUGGACUUUGAGCCGCUCAGUUCUCGGCCAGUGAAGGGCAUCUCUGGCAGGACCCCAAAGGAAUAUGAGGAGGAAUAUUACAGGGACCUUCGGCCGAAAGGUGUCGAGGCAAGCAAGUUUCACGGCUUCGCCUAUGAUGGGAUCUGGGUAAUCGCAAAGACCUUUAACCGAGUGAUGGAACUGCUCCGAACCAAACAAAGGCAAAACAUGUAUCACAACUUCACUGUGGAUGAUCGGGAAGUGGGGAAAAUGGUGCUUGAUGUCAUGAAUGAAACUAACUUCAAUGGAGUUACGGGUCAAGUCAUGUUUCGUAACGGAGAGAGGAUGGGCACAAUAAAAUUCAACCAGUUUCAAGAGGGUCAGGAAGUAAAAGUGGGAGAGUACAAUGCCAUCGCCGAUAUCCUGGACCUACAGAACGACUCCAUCAGGUUCCAAGGUGUGGGGCCUCCUAAAGAUCAGACAAUUGUUGAUCUGCAGCGGCGCCACAUCAACGUGCUACUGUACAGCAUCCUGUCCACCAUAACCAUCCUGGGCAUGCUCAUGGCCGGCGCCUUCCUGUUCUUCAACAUCAAGAACCGAAAUCACAGACUAAUUAAGAUGUCCAGUCCAUACAUGAACAACCUGAUCAUCUUAGGAGGCAUGCUGUCCUAUGCGUCCAUUUUCCUGUUCGGUCUUGAUGGAGGUUUUGUUUCUGACAAAGUGUUUGAGACGCUCUGCACCGUUCGGACAUGGAUCCUCAUUGUUGGAUACACAACAGCUUUUGGCGCCAUGUUUGCCAAGACGUGGAGGGUACACGCCAUCUUCAAAAAUGUGAAGAUGAAGAAAAAGAUCAUAAAGGACCAGAAACUGUUGAUAAUCGUCGGCGGGAUGCUGCUUAUCGACCUAUGCAUCCUCAUCUGCUGGCAGAUCGUGGACCCUCUCAAGAGGACCGUGGAGGAAUACAGCUUGGAGGUCAGAGUGCAUUUAAUCGUCUUUCUCUUCCUCCGAUCUUUUUGGGCCAAUCUGACAGGGCUUUGCUCGGCAAUGAAAGUCCGAGCACAUUCUCAACAAGCCUGUCCAGCUUGCCAGACUUCCAGCAGCAGCAGUGAAGGGCCCUUGGGGCUGAGCUGGAGGAAAAGCAGCCCGGAGCUCUUCUGCACUAAGGGCCUGGGGGCCUGCAAGCUCGGGCGCUGCAGCAAGCAUCGGCAUCCGUUGAGCUGCAACGGAAUAUUGCAGUGUGGCAUCACCGUGGCAACGGCCAUGGUUCUUGACACCUACGACGCAGAGAGCAGGACUGUCGAUUCAUGA